UGAAGAUCCUAUUACCUAGGAAGAUUUUGAUGUUUUGCUGCGAAUGCGGUGUUGGGAUUUAUUUGUUCUUGGAGUGUUCUGCGUGGCUGGCAAAGAAUAAUGUUCCAAAAUCGGUCCAUCUCCCAAGGGGUCCAAUUUUUCUUCCUGGGUGUCAGCGAGCCCUGACUCACUACAGUGCAGCUGACAGGGGCUGUCACGCAAGUGGCCCCCUAAGCCAAAGCAAAAGACCUAAGGACGACCUUUGAACAAUACAAAGGAUGGGUUUCAAUGUAAUUAGGCUACUGAGCGGAUCAGCUGUAGCACUGGUUAUAGCCCCCACUGUCUUACUGACAAUGCUUUCUUCUGCUGAACGAGGAUGCCCUAAGGGCUGUAGGUGUGAAGGCAAAAUGGUAUAUUGUGAAUCUCAGAAAUUACAGGAGAUACCCUCAAGUAUAUCUGCUGGUUGCUUAGGUUUGUCCCUUCGCUAUAACAGCCUUCAAAAACUUAAGUAUAAUCAAUUCAAAGGGCUCAACCAGCUCACCUGGCUGUACCUUGACCAUAACCAUAUCAGCAAUAUUGAUGAGAAUGCUUUUAAUGGAAUACGCAGACUCAAAGAGUUGAUUCUGAGUUCCAACAGAAUCUCCUAUUUUCUCAACAAUACCUUCAGACCUGUGACAAAUUUACGGAACUUGGAUCUGUCCUACAAUCAGCUGCAUUCUCUGGGAUCUGAACAGUUUCGGGGCUUGCGAAAGCUGCUGAGUUUACAUCUCCGGUCUAACUCCCUGAGAACCAUCCCAGUGCGAAUAUUCCAAGACUGCCGCAACCUGGAACUUCUGGACCUGGGAUACAACCGGAUCCGAAGUUUAGCCAGGAAUGUCUUUGCUGGUAUGAUCAGACUCAAAGAACUUCACCUGGAGCACAAUCAAUUUUCUAAGCUCAAUCUGGCCCUUUUUCCAAGGUUGGUGAGCCUUCAGAACCUUUACUUGCAGUGGAAUAAAAUCAGUGUCAUAGGACAGACCAUGUCCUGGACCUGGAGCUCAUUACAAAGGCUUGAUUUAUCAGGCAAUGAGAUCGAAGCUUUUAGUGGACCCAGUGUUUUCCAGUGCGUCCCAAAUCUGCAGCGCCUCAACCUGGAUUCCAACAAGCUCACAUUUAUUGGUCAAGAGAUUUUGGAUUCUUGGAUAUCCCUCAAUGACAUCAGUCUUGCCGGGAAUAUAUGGGAAUGCAGCAGAAAUAUUUGUUCCCUGGUAAACUGGCUGAAAAGUUUUAAAGGACUGAGGGAGAAUACAAUUAUCUGUGCCAGUCCCAAAGAGCUGCAAGGAGUAAAUGUGAUUGAUGCAGUGAAGAACUACAGCAUCUGUGGCAAAAGUACCACAGAGAGGUUUGAUCUGGCCAGGGCGCUCCCCAAGCCAACGUUUAAGCCCAAGCUCCCCAGGCCGAAGCACGAAAGCAAACCCCCCCUGCCCCCCACGGUGGGGGCCACGGAGCCUGGCCCCGAGACUGAUGCUGACACUGAGCAUAUCUCUUUUCAUAAAAUCAUCGCAGGGAGCGUGGCCCUUUUCCUGUCUGUGCUUGUCAUCCUGCUCGUCAUCUACGUGUCGUGGAAGCGGUAUCCUGCCAGCAUGAAGCAGCUGCAGCAGCGCUCCCUCAUGAGAAGACACAGGAAAAAGAAACGACAGUCCCUAAAGCAAAUGACUCCCAGCACCCAGGAAUUUUACGUAGAUUAUAAACCCACCAACACAGAGACCAGCGAGAUGCUGCUGAACGGGACGGGACCCUGCACCUAUAGCAAAUCAGGCUCCAGGGAGUGUGAGAUACCUUUAUCAAUGAAUGUGUCAACUUUUCUGGCAUACGACCAGCCCACAAUAAGUUACUGUGGGGUGCAUCACGAACUUCUGUCUCAUAAGUCUUUUGAAACGAAUGCACAGGAAGAUACGAUGGAAACACAUCUAGAGACUGAGCUGGACCUGAGCACAAUCACGGCCGCUGGCCGCGUCAGUGACCAUAAGCAGCCGCUGGCUUGACUGGGCUGAGCGGCAGCCGAGAGCUGCCACCAAACUGUGUAUCCUCAAGGACAAAAUGAGGAAGAUUUGUUCAUUGUGGACUCUAAAAACAACACAACCCCCUGUUAAAAUAAACAAAAA